GUAAAUGGUGUAUUUAGUGUGUAUUAAAUUUAUCAAAGAAGAUAAUUAAAUGCACACUUACAUUCACAUAAACAACUCAGCUGUUUGACUAAUAAUAAGUUUGUUUUUAUUUUCUCAAUUAAAUAAAAUCUUCACUCUCUCUCUCUCUCUCGAUCGAUCCAGCUCUCUCUCAUCUCAUCUCAAUUUCACACUCAUUUCUCUCUGCCUACUCACUCACUCUCCUCUCUUCCACGAUUCCCUCUCACCCUCACUCGAUCUCUCUCGCUCAUCAUCACCUUCGCCAUUUCCACAAAAUCCGAGAUUCAGAAUACCAAAAUUUCAUUUUUCAAUCCAAUUUCCAACAACAAAAGGAUCUGUUUCUGUUUCUGCAACCCCAUAAACUAUGGGGCUGCGUUUUCUGAUUCCGACAUUUAUUCUGAUCCUUGCAUUCCCUCUUCUUAUCCACGCCAAAACCCUCAAACGCGACGUGAAAGCUUUGAAUGAGAUUAAAGCUUCACUCGGAUGGAGAGUGGUGUAUGCUUGGAUUGGAGACGAUCCUUGUGGCGAUGGCGAUCUUCCACCUUGGUCUGGGGUCACAUGCUCUACUCAGGGGGAUUACCGAGUUGUUACUGAGUUGGAAGUGUAUGCAGUUUCGAUCGUGGGACCUUUUCCUACUGCUGUGACUAAUCUACUCGACCUCACUAGGCUGGAUCUCCAUAACAACAAGUUGACAGGGCCUAUUCCUCCUCAAAUCGGACGGUUGAAGCGCCUCAAGAUACUUAAUUUGCGAUGGAAUAAACUACAGGAUGUUAUUCCCCCUGAAAUCGGUGAGCUGAAGAGCCUAACGCAUUUAUAUCUGAGCUUCAACAACUUCAAAGGGGAAAUUCCUAAAGAACUCGCUAACCUUCCAGAGCUCCGCUAUCUCUAUCUGCAUGAAAAUCGCCUUAUUGGGCGGAUUCCAGCAGAACUAGGGACCCUACAAAAGCUUCAACACUUGGAUGUUGGUAACAAUCACUUGGUGGGCACUAUAAGAGAACUUAUUCGGAUUGAAGGUUGUUUUCCAGCUCUUCGCAACAUCUACUUGAAUAACAAUUAUUUUACUGGAGGAAUUCCAUCACAGCUUGCAAACUUGACCAACUUGGAAAUUUUGUACCUGUCCUACAACAAGAUGUCUGGGGUAAUACCAUCCGAGCUUGCUCGCAUUCCUAGAUUAACUCAUCUGUAUUUGGAUCACAACCAGUUCUCCGGAAGGAUUCCUGAUGCCUUCUAUAAACACCCAUUCUUGAAAGAAAUGUACAUUGAAGGAAACUCAUUUCGAUCGGGUGUAAACCCAGUUGGUCUCCACAAAGUUCUUGAACUUUCUGAUGCAGACUUUCUUGUUUAGUUGAGAUAUAUCUACCUAAUUUUUGUUUUCUUGAAAAUUCAGUUUAGUGAUUUAUCUUUUACCAAAGAAUGUAAAAUACAACUUUGUCAAGCGCAAGUCAUAAAGUAAUGAAAGCAAGCCAUUGCUAAAAUAUUGUAUAUUUUUUUAUAGGGAAUUCCUGAAAAAAUUUAUUAGGAAUGUAUUAAUGAAAUUUGUUAUCUUGCAAGAUUGAAAUUUUUUUCA